UUUAAAGAAAUUCCUGUCAGAUAUUCAUAUUAUUUGUGCCAUUGAAUAUACAUAAUGGGCAAAUGCCUUAGCUUCACAGCAUCAAGAGAUCGUUUUUACAGAUAUUUUUUCUCCUUUUCUGGGCUUCGUUCUGUAACAACAGAUCUUGAAGAUGGCACCACUAUGCAUUGUUGGAUACCUAAAGUUCAUGAACCAACAAAACCUAACCUUUUUCUUGUGCAUGGAUUUGGUGCCAAUGCAAUGUGGCAAUAUAGUGAUCUCCUAAGACAUUUUACUCCCCAUUUCAAUGUCUACCUUCCUGAUCUCGUCUUUUUUGGUGCCUCGGCCACCACGCGCCCGGAGAGGACAGAGAGUUUUCAGGCAAGAUGUGUGAAGAAGUUGAUGGAGGUGCAUGGUGUGCAUAGAACAAGCCUAGUGGGGAUUAGUUAUGGAGGGUUUGUUGGUUAUAGCGUUGCAGCUCAAUAUCCAGAGGCAGUGGAGAGAUUGGUGUUGUGUUGUGCUGGCGUUUGCUUAGAGGAAAAGGAUAUGAAAGAUGGCUUGUUUCAGGUCUCUGAUUUGGAAGAAGCUGCUAGCAUUUUAUUGCCACAGACACCUGAGAAGCUAAGGGAAUUGAUGCGUUUCUCCUUCUUCAAACCUGUUAAAGUCAUGCCCUCCUACUUCCUUUCUGAUUUUAUUGAUGUGAUGUGCACCGAUUAUGUGAAUGAGAAAAGAGAACUCAUACAAACUAUACUUAAAGAUAGACGACUUUCCGACCUUCCUAAGAUUUCCCAGUCCACAUUAAUUAUUUGGGGAGAACAGGACAGGAUAUUCCCUUUAGAACUGGGUUACAGAUUGCAGAGGCAUAUUGAAGGGAAUGCUGACUUAGUAGUUAUCAGAAAUGCGGGACAUGCAGUCAACUUGGAGAAACCAAAGGAGUUUGCUAAACACUUGAAGGCAUUUCUUGUAGAUAAUCGCUAACCAUUUGACAACAAUUCUACGGCUUGUGGCGGAUUCAGAAUUUAGACGCUGUGGAUUUUGUAUUAUAAAAUGUACAUUCAACUCUAUUAUUUGUACUUGUUUCUUGCACAUAUAUGUAUAAUUCAACCCUGAAAUAUUGAGUUCAGCCAACCCAUUGUUGAAUCCGCCAUUAUCUGCAACCAACAGAUAAUCAUCAGAAGUUUUAAAAGGAGAAAUAGAAAAGAACAAGACUGAUGUAAGAGUAAAACUUGGGAUUGAUGUACAUUGUACAAUUGAACUGCACAUUUGUGCCAUAAAAUUAUCUUA